ACUGGUAUUUGCAGGCUCAGAGAGGAGACAGCCCUCUCACACAGUGCUGGGCUGUGUGCAUGUGUGUGUGUUCAGCUGAGGCUCUCCCAUCUGCACAUGUAAAGGAAGACAGACCGGGAGACAGGAGUCCAGGGACACAGCUCAGCCUCAUUCUCACGGGUUUGUAGAGGAAAAAUGCAGUGACGGAGCCCAUAUUUUUCCCAGCUCUGGUUGCGCCAGCCCCCAGAGGAGUCUUCACCCUAUCCUUUGACCCGGCAAGAGCCAACAAAUCCGCAAUGGAUCUUCACCGGGCUGCUUUUAAGAUGGAGAACUCUUCAUUCCUCCCCAACCCUCUGGCAUCACCAGCACUGAUGGUCUUGGCUUCCACUGCCGAAGCAAGCCGUGAUGCAUCCAUACCUUGCCAACAACCGAGACCUUUUGGAGUGCCGGUGUCAGUGGAUAAAGAAGUCCACAUUCCAUUCACCAAUGGUUCCUACACUUUCACCUCCAUGUAUCAUCGCCAAGGAGGGGUUCCCGGACCUUUUCAAAACCGUGACUUUCCACCUUCUCUACUUCAUCUGCACCCUCAAUUUGCCCCGCCCAACUUGGACUGCUCUCCAAUCAGCAUGCUCAAUCAUAGUGGUGUGGGCGCCUUCCGGCCUUUCACCUCCCCUGAGGAACGUGAAAGCUACCAGUCAGCCUUUACUCCAGCCAAACGACUCAAAAGCUGCCAUGAAAAUGACUCCCCUCACCUGCGCUUCUCUGAUGCGGAUGGGAAGGAGUAUGAAUUUGGGGCUCAGAUCCCUACGGGGUCUCCUGGGGGACUCAAAGUGGACGACACAGGGAAAAAACUUUUUGCUGUGUCCGGCCUGAUAUCAGACAGAGAAACCUCGUCCAGCCCUGAGGAUCGCAAUGAUAGAUGCAAGAAGAAGGUGGCAUUGUUUGACAGUCAGGCUCCAAUUUGCCCAAUCUGCCAAGUUCUGCUGCGUCCGGGGGAUUUACAAGAGCACAUGGAGCAGGAACUUGAGAAACUCCCCCAGCUAAACAUGAGCAAAAAUUCUUUACAGAAAGAUAUCAUGACUCCCAGUACGCCAAAGUCUGUUUUGUUAUCGACUUCAAUCAAGAGAGAGGGUGAAUCUCCGACAUCGUCUCCCCAUUCGGCAGAAGACAUUCACCACUCGGACAGAUAUCAGACCUUCCUGAGGGUGAGAGCUAACAGACAGACCAGACUGAAUGCUCGGAUUGGAAAAAUGAAACGAAGAAAGCAAGACGAGGGACAGGUAUGUCCACUCUGCAGUCGGCCAUUGUCUGGAUCAGAGGAGGAGAUGAGUAGACAUGUGGAACUGUGUCUUGCUAAGAGAGAAAGCUGUAUGAAUGAAGAUGACUCUGUAGAUAUUGAAAAUGAGAACGGACACCGGUUUGAAGAAUAUGAAUGGUGCGGCCAGAAAAGGAUACGUGCUACAACUCUUUUGGAAGGAGGGUUCCGUGGGUCCGGUUUUAUAAUGUGUAGCAGCAAAGAAAAUCACGACAGUGACGCUGAUCUUGACGUUGACGGAGAUGACACUCUGGAAUAUGGCAAGGCACAGUACACGGAAGCAGACAUUAUCCCAUGCACAGGAGAAGAGCCGGGAGAAGCCAAAGAGAGAGAGGCUCUUCGGGGGGCAGUGUUAAAUGGUGGCACGCCAAGUACCCGGAUAACAACAGAAUUUUCCAAAUGGGCCAGUGAUGAAAUGCCCUCAACAAGUAACGGAGAGAGCAGUAAACAGGAAUCCAUGCAAAAAACAUGCAAAAACAGUGACAUAGAGAAAAUCACAGAAGAGUCUGCUGUGACGACGUUUGAAGCCCUAAAGGCUCGUAUCCGUGAGUUAGAACGGCAGUUGUCCCGGGGGGACCGCUACAAAUGCCUCAUCUGCAUGGAUUCCUACACAAUGCCCCUGACGUCCAUUCAGUGUUGGCACGUCCACUGCGAGGAAUGUUGGCUGCGUACCCUGGGCGCUAAGAAGUUAUGUCCGCAGUGUAACACCAUCACUUCCCCUGGAGACCUGAGGCGUGUAUAUUUGUGAAGACCAGCUUUGCUCCGACAGAUGGGACUUCCCUCAGGAACAUCAUGUUUCCCUUUUGGUGGUCCCUGGAACUCCUUCAGGGGCUGAAAUGUGAGAGACCCUUUUUAAAUGUUUGGAGCAAAGGAACUUGUAAGCAGAAGAUACUUUUCCUGAUUGGGAGCCAUGAUCGAGAGGAGCUAUAUAAUAAACUUUAUGGCUUCCAAAACCUCAUCUGCUUUAUCCUUCUCAGCACUAAGGAAGGGAGAGACACACAAUUCAUUCCCCUGGUGCCCCUCUCUGAACCUCGCUCCCAUUUUUUCUUUUCCUUGUUCUUGCUGCUGAUUUAUUUUUUUAUUUUUAUUUUUUUGGUGAGACCAGAGGAUUAACCCAGUCGAUUUUAAAUUGUUUGUUUACAUCAAUUUACCUUCUGCAUUGUCCUUCCACACUGUGCAUCAGAGGGGCACGCUCUGCUCUCCGAAAUAAUAAAAGUGUCAGGACAGAGAACCGGAAAGAUGACGACACCUAGUUGUCUUUGUUUAUAUAUUUUUUUUUCUCCCUCAAUUUUAUCACUGUUUUUUCCUCUGUACGUUUUUUUCUGUGUAAAAAGGCAGAGAUAAGAAGAAAACUGAAAGAAAAAAAUGCGAAGCACAUGUAUUAUAAAUUAUAUGUUUACAAUGUUGUGUAUAAAGUGAAUAGACUCAAACUGUUACCCAAUAUCUUCCUUUUAUGGGCUGGAGGGGCGUUUUAUUUUUGUUCCUGUUUGUGUUUUUUUUUUUUUUUUUUUUUUCUCCUUUUGGUUUGUUUUAUAGAAAUGGGUUUAAAUGUAAAUGAAUAAUUUAUUUUU